GUUGUUCAGUGGAGUUCUCAUUAUGGCAAAAUUCAAUGAAAUAUUAGCAGCUUCCUUUAUCUUUGCAGUUGCAUUCAACUUGGAUUUAGUGUAUUCCAAGCUCUCCAAUAGCAUGUUCAUCACCUGGGGUCUUCAACACGCAACGAUUCAGGCCAAUGGUGAAGAUCUUCAGCUUGUGUUAGAUAAAGCUUCAGGAUCUGCUGCUCAAACAAAGAAAGCAUUUUUGUUUGGAAGUAUAGAAAUGCUAAUCAAAAUGGUACCUGGUAAUUCCGCUGGAACAGUUACAGCCUAUUACCUAUCCUCCACGGGAAGCCAGCAUGACGAGAUAGAUUUUGAGUUCCUAGGCAACAUUUCAGGACAACCUUACAUUGUCCACACGAACGUAUAUACACAAGGAAUAGGCAACAGGGAGCAACAAUUUUACCUCUGGUUCGAUCCAACAGCUGAUUUUCAUAAUUACACCAUUCAUUGGAAUCCCGCAGAAAUUGUAUGGUAUGUUGAUGGCCUCCCACUUCGAGUCUUCCGAAACUAUGAAAAAGAAGGCAUUGCUUAUCCAAACAAGCAAGGAAUGAAGGUGUAUACGACUCUAUGGAAUGCAGAUGAUUGGGCAACUAGAGGUGGGCUUGUUAAGACUAAUUGGAAUGAUGCUCCGUUCAUAGCCAGGCUUCGCCAUUUUAGAGCAAGGGCUUGCAAGUGGAACGGACCAAUCAGCAUCAGUCAGUGUUCGGCCAUUGUCGCUGCAAACUGGUGGACUAAUCCCUGGUACAGCAAGCUGAGUCAUGCCCAGAUGGGUCAGCUGGAUUGGGUCAGAAAGAACUACAUGAUUUAUGACUAUUGCAGAGAUUUCAAGAGAUUCAAUGGACACAUGGCUCCUGAGUGUUUUAAGAAUCAGUUCUAAGUACGUAACAUGCGGAUCACAUUCACAGGAAAACUGAGAAGUUUUCUUCUUCUCCAAUUGCUUUUGACGUUUUCUGCAUUCUGUUUCUGUUUCGAUCUGGGUGACUUCAUUCUUGUUCACUUGGAGAGUAAUAAAAGGGUACGUCGUGUAUCUUCUGUUAUAUUAUAUAUUCAUUAUUCAUG